AUGCCUUCAGCGAUUCCGGUGGCCCCUGCAGGUCGCCGACAAUCAAAACAGUCUGGACUGUUAAAAUCUGUGAUGCAUAACCUUCUCGGUGUAUCACCUCCUUCGCCAGCGCUCCCAGCGCAACAUUCGUCUGCGGCGCAACAGACAUCCUUAGAUUCUCUACCACCUACAUCGAAUCCUAGCUCGAAUCCAAACAAUCCAAAUAACUACGCGGUUCUUCCUCCACCAGCCGACGGUGACCAUGAUCAUCUUCCUCCUCCAGCAAAUGCACCUUCUUCGUUGGCUGUGGCGCUGCGAUCGCUAAACGAUUUGACCGAAACCCCCACAUAUGCGCGAAGCGUCACUUCAACAGCGCCGAGCUCGCCACGCAUUCCUCCGCUAAGACAGAAUUCUGGACAUCAAACACCACGAGUCCGGCCACAUGCGACAACGCUCAACAUCCCGGGCAUGACCCGGUCAAGAGUCUCACCUGAUGGAAGAAUUCCUUCUCGUGAUGUUGCCGCAAAGCUUGUUAUUGUCAUGGUUGGCUUGCCAGCCCGAGGAAAGUCUUACAUUACCAAGAAGCUUCAAAGGUAUCUUUCUUGGCAGCAGCAUGAUUCUCGCAUCUUCAAUGUUGGAAACCGAAGACGUGUAGCUGCCGGACGCAGAGUUUCUGUCCACCCAAAGUUGCAACCUGAGCCGGAACACAUGGAUCCUCCUGUGCAUGCCGCUUCUAUUUUGCUAAAUGGUAACCCGGCACCGUUUGGUCCCGAACAGGCUGAGCCGGAGAAGCUUGAUUUGAAUGAUGCCGCUCAAUCCGAGGUGGACCAGUCCGCUACAUUCUUCGAUCCCAAGAAUCAGACUGCCGCGGCCAUGCGUGAGCAGUGUGCUAUGGAUACUUUGGACGAGCUGUUGGACUACCUUCUCGAUGGAGGUGGCGCUGUCGGCAUUCUCGAUGCCACAAACAGCACUAUUGAGCGAAGAAAGAACAUCACCAAUCGCAUCAAGCAGAGGGAGCCCAAGUUGGGUAUUCUUUUCAUUGAGAGUAUCUGUCAAGAUCCUACUCUCCUGGAGGCGAACAUGCGGCUGAAGCUCUCUGGUCCUGACUAUCGUGACAAGGACCCUCAGAAGUCACUGGAAGAUUUUAAGAAGCGAGUCGCUGCAUACGAGAGUGCGUAUGUUCCACUUGGCGAAUAUGAGGAAAAGCACGACUUGCAAUACAUCCAGAUGGUUGAUGUUGGGCGAAAACUAAUCCAGCACCGUCUCAAGGGUUUCCUCAGCAGUGGUAUUAGCACUUACCUCGCUAGUUUCAAUCUUGCUCCUCGACAGAUCUGGAUUACUCGACAUGGCCAGAGCGUCGAUAACGAGCUUGGAAGAUUGGGUGGAAACUCACCGCUUACCGAGCGCGGCCAUUGCUACGGCCAAGCUCUUCACAACUUCAUCACUUACCAGCGUAAGCACUGGCUUAUUGAACAGAAGAGCAAGAAAGCUCAGGCUACUUUCCCUCCCGUACCCGGUGACAACACACCUCCCUAUCCUGAGAUGUACCGAGAGAUUGAGGACAAGAACUUUUGUGUCUGGACUUCGAUGCUCGAUCGCAGCGUGGACACAGCUGAGUAUUUCGAGGCCGACGAUGAUUACGAUGUGAAGAACUGGGAGAUGCUCAACGAAAUGAACUCGGGCCAGUUCGAAGGUAUGACAUAUGCGGAAAUCGCAAAGAAGGAGCCCGAGGAAUUUGCCAAGCGAGCGCAGGACAAGCUCAACUACAUCUAUCCUGGAGUCGGAGGCGAAGGCUAUCUGCAGGUUGUGAGCCGUCUCCGCGACAUGGUUCGGGAGGUCGAGCGUAUUGAAGACCAUCUUCUUAUCAUUGGACAUCGCUCUGUGUGUAGAGUCCUGAUGGCCUAUUUCAUGGACCUGUCUCUGGCGGACAUCACAGACAUGGACAUUCCUCUUGGCAUGCUCUACUCUAUUGAGCCCAAGCCUUACGGUCUUGACUUCCAUGCUUACCGAUACAACGAAGAUCAGGGCUGGUUUGACGAGCUCCCCAACUACAAACCUACAAAGACGGCCCGCAACAGCAUCAUCAAGCCACAGCAUUAA